AUCACAAAGAAUGUUUAACUAAAUAUGUGUCUGGCCGCGAAUUUUUGAAAAUAUCAAUAUAAAUUUAAGAAAAUAAUGGAGGAGAAAAAGUACAAUAAACGCAAAGCAAAAGCUGUCGCAGAGGGCAAUCGAGAGCAAAUUGCUAUAAGCUGCAAUCACUUAGCGGAUUUUUAUAAUCAACAAGGUAGAUACCAGGAUGCAGUUAAAGAAUAUCAGAUGGAAGCAGAGAUUUACGCUAAAAUGGGAAAAGAUUUGGAGACGGGAAAAGCUCAACGUAUGAUUGGCGAAAUGUGUAUGCUGUUAGGCGAAUUUGAUAAAGCAAAAGAUCAUAUCACUAAUUAUUUAAAAAUUGUAAAGAAGUUGCAAAAUACUGUCGAAGAGCAGAGAGCGUAUACCACACUAGGUCGAGCGCAUUUGUUACAUGGACAAAGUUUAAAUGAUGUAUCAGCUUCAGACGCUAUGAGCCAAUUGAAGCAAGCAGAAAAAUCCUUUCUGAAAGCUCUAUUGCUGAUCAAAGGAUUAGCGGGAAAAAUAUCAAAAUUAGAACAGCUUGAUAUGCAAGCCCGUUGCUAUCUUAAUAUUGGUGUUGUCAAAGAGCAUAUGGACGAUUUCGAGGCGUCGAUUGCAUACAUUGAAAAAGCAAUCAAAAUAAGCACAUCAAACGAUAUAUUUGAGUUGACGCAUUUGUGUUAUGUUUCGAUGAGUUUACUUUAUCAUGUUAAAAAAGCUGACGCCAUCAUGUCUCUACGUUAUUGCAACUUGGCGCUGGACGUAGCUAAACGUUUGCCACAAAAAGUGAAAAAAAUCUGUGAAACUCUUAUUAUCAAAGGCGAAGUAUUGAUUAAGGAGGGAGAUUUUGCCAGUGCUAAACAAAUAUUAACAAAAGCAUAUAAAAAAAACACGCCCGACGAAAACGAUCGGAAGAAUAUUGAAAAAACACUUAAAAUUGUGGCAAAAAUUUGUCAAUUGCUGGAUGACCUGAUAACAACUAGUAUAGUGGAUUAUAGCAAACGUAAGAAUUUAUUUGAAAAACUGGGGGAUGGCUGUUGUCAUUUAGGAAAUUAUACGAAAGCUUUAGAAUAUUACCAUAAAAUGCUUGAGUGUGCUGAAUUAAACAAUGAAUCCGGUAAAUCGCUAAUCCCCAUCUACGUUAGCUUGUAUCAGACAUAUAAAGAUAAUAAACAAUAUGAGCAAGCCUUGGAAUAUUUGCGCAAGGAGUAUGAACUGAAUAAAGACGAGCCAAUCGAAGCAUUUUCAACAUUAUGUGCCAUUGCUGAUAUAUACGAGAUGCAACUGCAAUCGUUUUGGGCCAUCCAAGACAUUUUACAACAGGCAAAGGAAUACGUUCCUCGGUGUGGAGAUGAGAAAACUAAGUUGGAGAAAAUCAUCUAUUCCCGACUACGAAAAUUACAAAUAAAGCAUGACAUGCACAGUUUGGCUGAUGAAUUGUUACAAGAAGCCAACAGCAAAGGCGUCGAUCUUCAAAGUACAAGUGAUGAUACCGAUACCGAAUCCGAAUUCGGUUCUUCUGAGAAUAAUACCCCUGAAUUAGGAGAUGAUAUUUGCUUAGAAGAUUUAACGGAUUCUGACACUAGCGAUUUGGACGAGACUGAUAAACCUCGUCCGCAUAGGGUAACGCGAGGCGUUCGUUCAUUGACGAUUAAACGCAAUAAUAAAGGUGAAACGCAACUGCACCAGGCCUGCAUAUCAGGCAAUAUUGAGUUAGCACGUCGUCUAAUUGAUCAAGGCCAUGUGGUAAAUGUACGAGAUCAUGCUGGCUGGUUGCCACUGCACGAAGCCUGUAAUCAUGGGUAUCGCGACAUAGCAGAAUUACUUCUUGUGCGUGGCGCCGCGGCGGCCAUUAACGACAAGGGUGGGACCAGCUGUGAUGGAAUAACGCCGUUGUAUGAUGCUUGUUCCAAUGGAUAUUUGGAUGUAGUAGAGUUGUUAUUAGAUCGAGGGGCCGACGCAACUGUGAAAACAGAUUUUGGAGAAACAUGCGUUGAUGGUUUGGAUAAAUGGCGUCUUUCCGCUACGCUGGUACAAGGCGAACAAGCUCAGUAUGAAAUGAUACGAAAUCGUUUAUUGAAUUAUCUCUCAAAAGUCGGUAUAAAUGCAACGCAGAAAGAUAAACCAUUGACAAAUGCGUGCUCGGCAAAGCAAUCUUUCUCUGCCUCUGCCGAAAUGAGUGAUGAGAGUGAUCUCCCAGGUGAUGAACCUGAAGUCAGACCAUCCACUUCUCUUCAAAAACAUUUUGAAAACAGAAAAAGCCGACAGUCACAAACAAAAAACAACAAAUAUGGAACUGAGUACAAACAUAUUAUUGAACAAUUAAAACAUCCCAAUCACCGUCCGCCAGUAGAAGAAGAUGCAACAUUGUUUGACGAGCGAAGUGCUGCUGGAAAACGGAAAUCUGCAUACCUUGGUGAGAAUGAAGUUAACGAAGAAUCAUGGCUUAUUGAUGACAUGAGGCCAGACAAAAAAAAACGUCGUUUUCAAAUUACAAGAACACGAUCAACAUCAACAUCACCUACAAAUGAUAUUCAAGUAUCAACUGGUUGGAGCGAUUUCUCUCCCUCAGUACACGAUAUGUUUGAAGAUUCAUUGGAUGAGCAACAGCAUCAAAAGAAAAGUAAAAAAUUGACGUUAACACGAUCUUUGUCGAUAAGCAGUAAUGCGAGUUCCAAAGGUAGCCACCGCAAUAAAUCUAAACAACAAGCCUCAUUGCUUGAUAGUGGCUUUUGCCGAUUCCGUAGUGAAAGCCCCUUACUACGCGACAUUGAUUCUAAUGAUAAUGUUCACAUUAUCGAACCAGAUUCCACCACCACUUCGCUUAAUAUUUUAAAAUCAUCUUUGGAAACCUCUAUACCCAAUACGCAAGCAUCUUCUUUAUUGUCGACAUCAGUUUCAUUUAAAGUAAAAGUUGAAGAUGAGUUCUUGUUAGUACCAAUAGAUAGAAAAAAGUUAAAUGAUGUUAAUAUACGUUGGCUAGCUGAGGAGGCAUCUAGAAGAUACUACAAUUUGGUAGGUUUAAAACCUUUACUACGUCUUAAAACUCUCGACGGAUUUAUUUAUGCGGAAAACGAUGCUGUAACCGUAGCCUUAGAACAGAAUAUAUUGUUGGGAACUGUUCUUGAAUGGGAAAUUUGUCCAUUAGCCCAGCGUUAUGAAGAAAUGUGCGAUCAUAUGAAACAAGCUAUCGAUAGCCGAAUUAAGGAUGAACUUCUAAAUGAUCAAAUGUCAAACACUAUUAAUUUGACAAAUUUUUGGAUGAAUUCCACGCAAUGUAAGCCCGUUUUUAAGAGCCUUAUGCAUCAAAGCAAUCUUCGGGUAAUAGUUUUAAGCAAUAACUUCAUACGAAAUGAAGGCUGCCGUUACUUGGCUAAGUCUCUACCUACUCUUAAGCAAUUGAAAACUCUAAAUCUGGAAGGUAACUUUAUAACAGCUGAUGGUUUAGAAAUCUUAUUAACUUCAUUAGAUAACGUAAUUGAUGUGCGUUUGGAGCAACUUAUUCUAAAUCAUAAUCCACUUGGAAAUAAUGCGAUACGUGUGUUAGAUAAAUUUUGCACCAGCAGCCAAGGAACGGAAAUGCAAAAAUUGCACUUAGCUCACUGCCAGCUGUCGCAGUUGUUCGAUUACGAUUUGAAUUAUCAGCAGCUCAGCGACUUCGAUAUCAGCUUCAAUCAGCUUAAUAAUGAAUCGUUUCGUAAAUUAACGAAGAAAUUGAAUUCAAGUCGUUUGCAAAGUGUAAAUCUGAGCUACUGUUGUUUUAUACGAUCGUCAGGUGACAAUUGUAGCUUGGAAAAUUACGAUACCGAAUAUGCUGAAAAAAUUUCCGAAUUUUUCGAGAAUGGCACAUGCGAACAUUUUAAACGCGUUUAUUUGGCGAAUUGUCAAUUGAACGAUAUUAUAAUGUAUAGGAUAAUUCAAUGUUUAAGUAAAGCCAACGAUCUAGAAGUCAUUGACAUAACAGACAACGUAAAAUUAUCGACCACUUCUUUUCGCUUCAUAUUAGACAAAUUGCCUAACGUAAAGAAACUUAUAGCUAUCAACUGCAUUCGUUUUAUGAGCAUCGAAUGUAUCGAGCAUAUAAAAAACAUUCCAAUGUACAUGAGUUUGUCUUUCAUCACAAAUAACACGGAUGAUAAUCAUAAGGAACCAUUACAUAAAAUAUGGCGAUCAAUUUGGGGAGUUAAAGCAAAAAUUAAAUUUCUUCAAAAUAAUGUAAUCCUUUAUACGAAUGACAAUGAUUUUAUUCAGUAUUAAUAAAAAU